GUCAUUGUCAACAAAAUCUCAAAAUAUUAGUAGAAGUUUGUAGGCACCUACCUAGGUAUUAAUCGGGUCAAAAAAACACGUCAAAUAAUUACAAGAAAAAACCUAAUUCACUAACUAGUUAUAAGUUGUGUUGUAAAAAUUGGAGAAAAUAACAUUUAUUUAAAAGAAAAACAAUUAGAAAUGUAAAAACAUUCAACACCAAUUUGGGAAGGUUUUAAUAAGAAUUAUCAUCAUGUGGGUGAAACCUCAAGAAAUAUAUUUGAAAACCGCACUAUGGGAUACGGAAGAAACAUCUUUGUAUUUUGUUUUACAAUGUAGAAAAGGACAUGGUAAAUCAAAAGGGCUCUCCUCGCUUCUUGUUGGUACUUUAGACAGCGUCCGAGACACCAAACCUGCGCCCUACAGGAUAUUACAUCAAACUCCAAACUCCGAAAUCUAUUAUGUAAUAGCAACUGCAUUGACGGAACAACAGAUCCGUCAAGAUUGGCAGUGGCUUAUUGACAAUGUUUGUUCAACACUCCAUUCCUUUGACACCGAGGAAGAAGUCACAGAAUUUGUAUGCUGCAAAAUUAACUCUGUUAUGGCAACUGAACAAGAAAAUAUAACUGAAGAUGAAGACACAAUAACUUACAAAAAUGUUGAUUAUGAAUUUCACCAAAGAUUUAAUAUGCCCAAAGAUGAAAAACUUGUGUGCUAUUAUUCAUGCAGUUAUUGGAAGGGAAAAAUGCCACGUCAGGGAUGGAUGUAUCUGUCUGUCCAUUACAUGUGUUUCUAUUCAUACAUUAUCGGUCGGAAAACAGCUGUUAAGAUACGUUGGGCUGAUGUGACAGAGCUCGCAAAAACACACAGCCUAAUAUUUCCAGACUCCAUUAAAGUGGUGACCAGGGAUGCUGAGCAUUAUUUCACUAUGUUUUUGAAGAAGAAUGAGACUUUUGCAUUAAUGCAGCAGCUCGCCAAUAUUGCUAUGAAACAGCUUAUAGAUGAUAAAUCUGGAACCUUCAACAUUGACAAAGAUUUAUUAACAAAACUGAGCAAAAAUGUGCCAAAGAAAGCAUCUUUUUUGAAACGUGACCUAGAUGCUAGAAAGCAAUCAAAUCUGUACACACUAAGGUUCCGAUUGCCUCAAACAGAAAAGCUUGAUGGAACUGAAGCAUGUACUCUCUGGACACCAUACAAUAAAAAACACAAUUGGGGAAGACUAUAUUUGUCUCAGAAUUUUAUAUGUUUUGACAGCAGGGUGCCAAAUUUGGUACGACUGACUAUCCCACUGCGCAACGUACAUCAAGUGGAACGCGCUGACUCCGGCGGCACUGGAAGCUCAGGAGAUUCUGGUAGCAUCCUCAUCACGACCGCCCACCACACCAGCUUCCUUUUCGGAAACAUAUCCGACAGGGAUUUUCUUGUGCACAAAAUCUCUGAGCUACUGGCAAAAUUACCAAAUGAUGUGUAUAGGGAGAAGGCGAUACGGGCAAUGGCGAAACUCGAAAAUGACAGUCACUGGACUCCGCAGCCCCCUUUGAUGACGCUAUUCAAGACUCAUCAAACUUCACCGAUUAAACAAAUGCAACAGAAAAAGGAGAAAAGAUGGGAAGACCACAUGGCUGAAGUCGGUCGAGGGGUGAGCAUGUACCAAACGACAGACGGUAGCGAAUUAGUCGUCAGCGGCCUUCCUGAGUCUCUUCGUGGAGAACUAUGGAGCGUGUUCUCGGGUUCUAUACUGCAGAAGGCACAGAACAAAGGACUGUACGAAAGACUGGUUAAUGAGGCUCUUUCAUCGAAGAAUCAGGCGAACGAUGAAAUAGAACGAGAUUUGCACAGAUCAUUGCCGGAACAUAGGGCAUUUCAAAACGAUAUCGGAAUAUCGGCAUUACGUCGGGUUCUAUGUGCGUACGCUCGCAAGAAUCCCACAAUAGGAUAUUGUCAGGCGAUGAACAUCGUGGCGUCUGUACUACUCAUAUAUUGUCCGGAAGAGCAGGCGUUCUGGUUGUUAGCAACAAUAUGCGAGACUUUGUUGCCAGAUUACUACAAUACCAGGGUAGUCGGAGCUCUGGUCGAUCAAGGAGUCCUUGAAGAACUAACAGAAGCUCAUCUGCCGGAAUUACACGCGAAGCUAGACGAACUGGGAAUGAUGAAAAUGAUCAGUCUGUCUUGGUUCCUGACUCUGUUCAUCAGCGUGAUGCCGUACGAGUGCGCGGUCAACGUUAUGGACUGUUUCUUUUAUGAUGGCGCUAAAGUCAUAUUCCAGGUAACGCUCACGAUUCUCGACAUCAAUCACGAGAAGCUACUCAAAUGCACCGAAGAUGGACAGGCUAUGCAGGUUUUAAACGAGUAUCUAGAAGGCAUUUACAACGAGGAAGCAAUGGCGCUGUCCACAGAACCACGAACUGAGGCAAAAACAAUAAAGAUUCAAGAUCUCAUUUACCGUACUUACCGUUCGUACGGCAGCACCGUUACCAGCGAACAUAUAGAGCACUUGCGACUGAAACACCGCCUGCGGGUAGUCAAACAACUAGAGGACAGCCUGGAGAGGAAUACAUUGAGGGCUUUACAACAAGACAAGCUGCUGGAGCCUAAUGAAUUGCAUGAUCUCUUAAGCAUAAUACGCGAAGAGUUAUUCUGGGCGAAGCGUGUACCUUGCGAAAGAUUGGAAGCUCCUUACGAAGCUUACCGACUCGAUUACACCCAAUUCAAAAGUUUAUUCACUGCUCUAUCGCCUUGGGCCAAAGGGGAUUACGCCGAAGCUAUUACUGCUAGAAUGUUUAAGUUAAUGGACCACGACGACGACGGGUUCGUGAGCGCUCGCGGCCUGAGCGUGGCCAUAGGGCUGAGCACCCGCGGCGACGCCCAGCGCCGGCUGCGCGCCCUGUACUGCGCGCACGCGCCGCCGCUGCUCACCCACCAGGACCUCAGGCCCACGCACUUCACGGAAACCGGGGAAGAGGUCGCCGCCGACGCCAUCUCCUUCUUCGACGACAUAGAAAAUCCACCAACGCCAGAACCAUUAGCGCUGUCAGGUCUGCAGCGAUCGAUAAGUGAAGUGUGCGGUGAAGGUAGCAACAUGGAUAAGUCCACUGACAGCACCACAAGUCAAACCGGCUCGCCAUGGGAGGGCUACACGUCGGAGUCGGUCCGUGCGUGCGGACUAGCCGGACUGGCGGGGUCGUCGCCCCCGAGCCCGGGCCCCGCCCCGCCCCCUCCCGCGCCGCCGCUCCCCCGCGCGCACUUCCUGCAGCUCCUCGCCGCGCUGCACGACCUCACGCAGCACAGCGCGCCGCACUACGAAGCCGUCGUCUUGGCAGGCACCUUGCUGUUACAACUCGGCGAGUUAAACCACCGGAGGCCGGAUCUGGAGCGAGAAAUGUCCCAGGACAGUCUGUACCUGGCGGCCGCGGCGAAGCAGUCGUCCACUUCCACGAUGGAUCCAAACGGCAACACCCCAGACGAACAAGAAAUUCGAAGGACGCAGUCUCAAGAGUCUGAAAGCGUUUGGUCGAUAACGUUAGAACAAUUCCUGGCCACAAUGCUUCUGCAGCCACCCCUAGAAGAAUACUUCAACGAGAAGAUAUCUCUGGUGCCGCAACUGGAAGCGUUGAAGCAAAGAGAUCGGCUCCACUCCGUCUCGUAGCUAAACUGUCGCGGCUGAACGUUUAAGGUGAGUUCAUUAUACUGUGUCCUCUAUAGCAUGAUGCGGGUGACAGUUGCCUGUAUGAUUUUGACAUCUGUCAGUACCACAUGACUAGGGAUGUGAAAAAAUAUUAUUAUGUUAUUAUGGGUGUACUCAAUAUUUCUCUUAGCUCGAUCACCCUAUUCGCCCCUACGAUGUCUGUGCCUGUGCUGUGUACGAUGGCUUGGCUCUGCCCCUGGCAAUGCUGAAGUCCAUGGGCGACGGUAACCACUCACCAUCAGGUGGGCCGUAUGCUCGUCUUCGUACAAGGAAAAAAAGAAAAAAAUACUCGUGCUAUUAUAAAGAAACAUCGACUAUCCAUCGUAGCAGUGCAUCUCAUCACUAAAUACUUCUAUGGCGUUACGUUAUACGCGUAACACUUUGCUUAUUUUUUUAAAUAUUAUCAGAAUUUGUAAAUCGCGGCAAAUUUCAAGAGUGAAACGAAACGUUACUGAAACUGUCACCCGCACAAUGCUACGACGCCCAUAUAAUAAUUGAAUAUUCAAUUUCAAAAAAUAAUAAGGAAUUUGACAAAAUUUCAGUGCAAAUCUCAAGUUGUGACAUUUUUUUGUUCUACUCAAUGAGUCUUUGUACAGAUUCUAGUGAUGUAAUCAAUUGUAAUUGACAGCCUCGACGCGUGUUAGUGAGAAAUAAAUCAUUAAAAGUUCGUAUUAAAAUUGUAUUUUUCGUGCUAAUUAAAUUCGUAACCGUGUUGAAAAUUUGUCAACGUCCCUAUUGCUUAGUUCAAUGUUUAUUCAUAAGAGAUUUUGAUGCAGUUAAUAAAUAUAAACGGGUAUUAAUCAUCGUCAAUACGUGUUGCAUCCGCCGUGGUCGCGAGUAGACUGAUGAAAUGCAUUUAACAACUACCCUCACUUUGAUUAAAAUCCGUUUUGAUUUAGAAACUACUCUUUGAAUGUUUAAUUAGAAGCUUUUAGAUCUGUCUAAUGUCAAAAUAUCAUGUUACGGUUUUCGGAUGCUUGAUUUUAAAUGUAAAAUAAUAAGUACCUACGUGUUUGCCAUAUUAUAAAAAAUUUAAAAAAAUGUUAAAUGUAAUUUUGCAAUAAUUUAGUUCAUUUGUUGUGAGUAAUUAAAUAAUGCCUUUUUGUGAUAAGGACUUGAGCUUCCCAUAAAAUUUGAAUUUCUUAUACCACUAGGUCGUAUCAUACAUUAAGUAACCAUUCAUAGUCAACAGGAUGAGUUUAUCCCUUAAACCGUAUAUUCCGCAUUUAUAUACGCUAUAAAAUCGUUUCGGAACUAUACAGAUAUAGCGUUAUUAAAAAUUUGGUACUAGGAAGCGGUCAACGAAAUAUUACAUUCCAAUUUAAUUUUUAUUGUUAGUAAAUUUGAAUUGAAAAAAAAAAGCUACCGUCCGCAUUAUCUCUGUUUGACAAGUUUAGUGUUUCUAGAUAUUUUACUAAAUACGUGAUACGGACAAUAAUGUUAGUUUUUGUUUCUUCAUAUAUAAAAAUACCAUAGUCUUUUUUUAGACUGAUUAAGGCUGGCUGAGACCUGUAAAUAAAAUAUUCCUUUUUUCAUUGUAUACUUUUAUUAAGUAAUCCUUCGUAACAGCUUACCGUCGUUGUCAUACCAAUACCUUUGUGCGGAAAAUAUGAUUUUAAGAUAAAAACGCUUACAAAUAUUUAUAAGAAUUUUUUUGGCAACCCUAAUUCACUGCAUAAUGUUUAAACUCGCAUAGCAGUCUCCUUAUACGAUAAUUUGUUUAUUUAAGUAUUUAUAAUAAGAAAAAUGAUGGAAUUCUCCGAAAACUGAACCUAGAACAUAUUGGUUUGACAACCUCAUUGCUUUGGUGAAUAUAUUAGUAAUAUAUUUUUUUAUAUGAUUUCAAUAUUUUUUCUAUCAUCAUUAUUAUUAGAACAUCUAUGCCAUAUAUGUGUAUAUUUAUUAAGAAUAAACGAUGAAAAAACAAAUAAACUUACUUGCCCUAAGUCACAAUUUUUUUAUAAGUCGAACACAAUCCAUCGAGAAAUACACACUAUAAAUAGAUUCAUUUGGUAACUUUUCUUGAAAGCUGUUUUCCUAUUGAAAAAACGAGAAAUAAUUAGCGUAUUUUGUUUUAUAGAUAAACAAUUCCUGCACUAAUUAUUAUUAAAAAGCCAACGAUUACAAAAAUUAUAUAAAUUGUAUUUUGAAUCUUAAACGUAAGGUAUAUAGUGUAUAUAUUUGAGAGUGCCUACGUUAUUGUUGUUGGAUGUAGUAUAGUAGCUUUGAAGCAUGUAUUCGUCCGUCACUGUCGCAUCGAUAAUUAUAGACCAAUAAAGGAUAAGUAAGAAAAGAUAAUCUUAUUGACAAAAGUUCUGUGCUGUGUGUAGUUUCUUUCCCACUCGCACUGAUUACAAUUUAGUAUAUAUAAGCAGGACAAACGAUUUAACAUAGCUAAAUGACCAAAUUAUAUCCGUUAUAGCGAAAUAUUUUAUAAAAUAAUGCAGUGUUAUUAAUAUAUCGGUGCUUUGCUUGUAUAAUAAAUAAAAAUAGGUAUAAAUCAUUAUGGGAUAAAAUUAUGGGAUUUCAGAUAUUUUUUAGUGUUGGCAAUUCCUAAUAUAUAUUGCCAGCUAUCGUGUUCUUUUGUGUUUAUUAUUGUCUAUAUAAAUUGAUUUUUUUUUAGUAUAAACUUUGCAAAUAAAAUACACUGUGGAACAAUCGAUGAUCCCGGACUAAAAUUUUAUUUGACUAAAUAUAUAAUAAUUAUUAUUUAUGAUUAAUUCGAUAACUUAAUAUUACCGGAUUAUUUUAGAUCUAUAGCUUAUUCUAGUUAGGAUUACGACAUCGCCUGGAUGAAACACUUCAUAAUUUCAUAAAUUUAAAUCUAAGAAUCUGUGUACGAAAGAUGCAAUAAUUUUUUAGUGGUUUAAGAUUAUAUACUGUUAUUAUAUGUAAUAGCUUGUGGUACAAAUUGUAAUAUGAAAGCUUUAUAAAUAACACUAUGUUUAAGAAAGUGAAUACUUAAUAGUUUAAAUUUAAAGUGAAAUAUGUAUUUACUCACAUGAUUUUUUUUUUGUUUAAAAGGAAAGCCGCCAUAUACUAUUGCAAUAUUUUCUAAUCAUGUAAUUUAAUUUUAUAUAGCUUUCACGAGAAGAGUUAAAAUAAAUUUAGACUAUACUAAUAGAUUUAUUUUUAUAAAAUAGGCUUAAAAUACUAAUAAAUCUCGUCUCUAAAAUGCGUACAGUAAAUGUUUUUCUUUUUAAGUUUGCAUUAUAAUCGCUUGGUUUACUGCUCACCGCCAUUCGUACGAUUAAAUACGUCCGCCAGAGCUGUGGUAACUGUUUGUAAAAGGGAACCUGACAGAUCGUAAUUUUUGUAUAAUUACCGCGCAAACAAAACUCUUGAAUGACGUCACACGUAAUGAAGCUGUCAUUACGUGUGACGUCACUUGAGGCCAAUAUGUACGACGAACGAUCAUCGAUCGACCCGCCAACACAACGAUUUGCCACACGUGAUAUCAUACGUUAGAAUUGCUUGUAAAAAAUAUUAGAAAUACAUACAUAAUAGUUUUUUUUUUAAAGAUUUAAAUAAAAAUCAUAAUAUAUUUCAAAAUGUUCGUUUUAAUCUGUAUAGUUAGCUACUUUUUACAUUUUGUUGUCGAUGUCCGGUGCAGAUGGUGUUGUGGACGUCGGAAAUAAAAGUAAAUUUUGCGAUGGUACCACUAACAUUCCUUGAUUUUCAACUUGUUAAUAGAAACAUAUCUAAGCACAAAAUAUUUUUAAAUGGCAUUUCGUAUAUUUAAUAAUACUUUUCUCCCUAAAGUGCUUAUUUUUAAUUCUAACGACUUGAUUCAUGAACUUUUUCGAAACCUCCAAAAAGUGUAAACAAGUUAAAAAAAAAAUGUUCUGAGAUACUGUUACUGCUUUUUUUGGUGUUUUGUUUUAUUAUUGUAGUAUUUAUUGCCGCUACGAAAUUAUAAUUUUACAUAUUACAAAUCUUUUCAACAGUAAAAGAAAAAAAUAUGUACCUUAUUUGUAGUUGCGUUAAUUAUAUUUGUUUUUUAUCAACAAAUUAAAUGUAAUUAAUAUUCGCUCGUUUGUCGUCCUAUUUCGUAAUUAGUUAGUUUCCAGUUAACCAAAACUAAAGCAUUGUACAACAAUAUAAUGUUCGACGUCCGUAA